GUUGUCAUUGUUUAUUUACAUUUUUUUGGUUACAUCGUUUUAGUUUCAUUUGGAUUUUGAUCCUUUUUUUUUAAUGCAUGUAAAACAAACAGUUUUUGUUCUUAAUAAUUAUUGGAUACUUGUGUAAUAUCUAUAUGUGUGAAUACGAUCAGCUGAUGAGUUGUAUGUAAUGUGAAAAACAAGGUCAGCAAACGCCAUCUAUAAAACGUGAAAAAAGGGUACCUGUAGUUUAAACUUCACUUGUAAAAUUGGUCCUAAAAGCAGGAAGAAAUAUGACUGGUUGAUAAGCUAGAUAUCUAUGUCCACAUAAGCUAAAAAAGAAGAACAAUCAUGGAUUCAAAGAAUACAUGAAGUAGGGUUAAAACAAAAUUAUUUUUGAAAAUUUUGUUGUAACUUUUUACAUAAACGUGUAAAAGCAACAAAAAAUAAAUAAAAAUGACUACAUUACGACCAUUCACUUGUGACGAUAUGUAUAAAUUCAAUAACGUAAAUUUAGACCCUUUAACGGAAACUUACGGUCUUUCUUUUUAUAUGCAAUAUUUAGCGCAUUGGCCAGAGUAUUUCCAAGUUGCAGAAUCACCGAGUGGAGAAAUAAUGGGUUACAUUAUGGGAAAAGCUGAAGGUAUCGGAGAAAAUUGGCACGGACAUGUUACAGCAUUAACGGUAUCUUCAGAUUUCAGAAGAUUAGGCUUGGCAGCUUCCCUAAUGAACUUUUUAGAAGAAGUUUCUGAAAAAAAACGAGCUUAUUUUGUGGAUUUGUUUGUAAGAGUAAGCAACAAAGUUGCUAUUAAAAUGUAUAAUAACUUGGGGUAUAUUGUGUAUAGGACAGUUUUGGAAUACUACUCUGGUGAUCCGGAUGAAGAUGCUUUUGAUAUGCGAAAAGCUUGUUCUAGGGAUGUCAAUCAGAAAUCGGUGAUACCUUUGGCCCAUCCAGUUAGACCUGAAGAAGUCGAUUAACAGUUUACUAAUUAAUUUAAUAAAUUUUGAUACAAUAAAUCUAAAAACUAA